UGAUAAAGUACGCCCAGGUAAAUUUGGAACAGAAACCGAUGAUACUCUUUGCUGAUGAGGGUGAUUACCCUACACCUCUCCGUUUAGUGAAAGUACUUCUAACAUUCUCCAGAAAGUUGUCCAAGCAAUCGUAUAGAGAGCAUCCCGUUGCAGCCCAAGGCUGAGUUAAUGACGGCAAAACGUUGGCUGCAAGAGUGUUUGAAUAAUCACGAAGAAUGUGGAGAGAUAGCCGAGCCACAGAUGCCUAGGCGACUUAUUUAUGUUCGAGGUUCUGGUUGCAAAGCCCUACGCCUUGAACAUGCAAACACAGCCCAGUUUGUAUCCUAUGCAGCGUUGAGUUACUGCUGGGGCGAUGCAGGCCAGAACAGGUUCAAGACAGAGAAGGAUACCUUGGCUAUGCGAAAACAAGGUUUUGAUUUUAUGCAGCUGCCAAAGACGUUGCAAGAUGCAGUAAAGGUAGCACGCGCCCUUGGCCUGGACUACCUUUGGGUGGAUGUUCUCUGUAUUAUUCAAGAUUGCGAGAAGGAUAAGAACAAAGAGAUUUCUAAGAUGUGGCAAAUCUACCAGAACGCCACUAUCGUUAUUUCAGGAGCCACGGCGUCACACAGCGACCAAGGCUUCCUCCACGAGCGCGAUCUUCGAUCCUGCUACCUUAGCACUUGGGCAAUCCCCUGGCACGAAGUUGACAACGAGGGCAACCGAUUUGAAGACUUUGCAUUUUGCGCUGAAGGAGAGAUCAGGCGCAUCAGGGCAGAACCAAUCGAUUCGCGUGCUUGGACUUUACAAGAAAACAAGCUUGCAAAUCGAGUUUUGCGGUUCGGGAGCUCACAAAUGAUUUGGCGUUGUGCUCAUGACUACCAUGUUGAUGGAGGAUCAAAUGAAGAAGAGUCCCCUGAUAAAUACUCCACGGUUGAUAAAGUAAAGAGGUCCUACGAAUGGACAGAUAUGGUUGAAGAGUUCACUACUCGGUCCAUCGGCAAAGCAAAAGAUCGACUACCAGCCUUCGCGGCUGUAGCAGCAGACCACGCCAAACGCCAUAAUAUCGGAUCUGAUCAGUAUAUGGCAGGACUGUGGACCUCUUGGAUGGCGUUCGGCUUGCUAUGGUAUAUCAAGGAUGUUAAUGAUCAAGCAACCUACCCGGACAUACUGUCAACUGAAGAGAAAUCUCCCACCUGGUCGUGGCAUUUGGCUCGCAGCGGCAUAUCCUGGCCAGAACCCAUACCGUACCAAGGCGACAGCGAUCGUUUAAUGUUAGAUGUGAAAUGUUGCCAGGUUGAACUUGAAGAUGAUAAAGUUGAAUAUGGACGCGUUAAAGGAGGAAGUUUAGAGGUAGAUGGAGCAUUGUUGAAGAUUCGCUUGCUGGGAACCCGACCCGUAUAUGCCAAGCCUGGUGGACAAGAGGUUUCUGCCCCAAUUCAAAUCCGGUGGGAUAGUCAAGACAUUCCAUGCGAAAAGGAGUUCUUUUGCUUGGCAGUCCGCGACAUGGGCAGAUUUAUCACAGAAGGCAUAGUUCUGAAGUAA